AUGCCAAAAGUCACAACCAGGCCGCGGGCGAGCAUUCGCGCAACCACCCGGACGACCAAGAGAUCUAUCCAGAGAGAGGAGCCCGUCGCACAGCCUCUCCAGCAGCCUCCGCGCUCCCUAAAACUUCCAUCCAUGCCGGCACAGAUAUCCGGUUCUGGUUUUCGGGACGCUCAAUCUGCCACAUCAUUGGAGAACCACGAGGCCUGUUUGGCCACGGUCGAAACACUGGAGCGGGAAAAUGAAGCAUUUAGGAGGGACAAGAACACCCUGUCGGAGCGCCUCGAAAGCGCCGAAAGUGCGAUGCAGGAAUUGUUGAACAACCAGCGUCGGUGCAGACAAGAGUUCUCUGAGCGGCAGGCGACUCAACAUCUGGUGGAUGAAAUGCAGCAUACCGUUGCAGGUUGGCACCAGCGGCUUCAGACCCCGGUUGGUUUACCAGAACGUGUGGAUCUAGCUGCCUGGACUACUGCCCUACCGGCAACGACAGCGGUACCGGACAUGUGGCCUACUCAGGAGGAUGAAGGGGGUGCAUUUGGCGAUGACCAUGAUAUGGUACCCGACUCUGGUAACUUCGCGCAGCUUUUCCAGUUGUAGUUGCUCUGCCAUAGUAAUGGAUUAUGUUCUGAGAUGUACACAAGUAUACCGAUCGACAACUAUAUUACAGACUGUGUCACGCAGUGCACAUCUGUU